UUCUAUGGUAUUCAUAAAUUGCAUCUCCGUCACUCGGUCGCGUCAUGCCAUUGUUAUGAACGUUCUCAAGCCGCCCUCUAUCGGCGGCGCCAUAGUGGUGAUAAACGACAGUGACACAGAAACAACUGAUUAGCAUGCUAGCUGUUAGGCCAAGCGGAACAGAACGGGCUAACGUUACUGUAGCCAGCUCGUUGGAGACAAAACAUUGGAGACAAAACAACACGAGAAAACCUGAUUUAACAUCAAGCUGAAUUAUGGAUCAAAAUUACACCUUGUAUCCUGUUAAACUGUACGUUUACGACCUGUCUAACGGAAUGGCUCGCCAGCUGAGCCCCCUAAUGCUAGGGAAACAGCUUGAUGGAAUAUGGCACACUGCUAUUGUUGUCCAUGGAGAGGAGUUCUUCUAUGGGGGAGAGGGCAUCGCAAACUGCCCACCUGGUGGGACGUCCCUGGGAGAACCCAACUCCAUAAUAGACCUGGGCAUCACAGAAGUGACUGAGGAAAUCUUUAUGGAGUACCUGUCUUCACUGGGAGAGUCCACGUACAGGGGGAACCAGUACCAUCUGUUUGAGUGGAACUGUAACACAUUCAGUAACGAAGUGGCCCAGUUCCUCACCGGCAGCAAGAUCCCCGCCCACAUCACAGACCUGCCGGCUGAAGUGCUGUCCACGCCUUUCGGCCAGGCGCUACGCCCGCUUCUGGACUCCAUCAAUAUUGCACCUCAGGGGGGCAACACCUUCAAUGGACACUAUGGCCAGAGAUAGACCGAUAACACAGGUGCACAGAGUAAUAUAUUAAACGAUCAGUCAGUCAGUCAGUCUGUGUGUGGGGAGUGGGAGAUCUGCAGCUCUGGACCUUUGUAAGUCCCAUUCUGAUGUACGUCAGUCAGUCAGUCAGUGGGUCAGGUAGCAACCUAACCCAACCUGACCGCUUUAAUACCUUAAAUGCCCAGUGCAGUCAAAAAAGUGGUCCCCCCCCCCUGUUUUUAUAUAUAUUUCCACACUAUGAGGUGUGAAUAAUACAGUGAAAUUGUGAAAAUUAUAAUGCCCUUUUAGUGUAGGAGCUGUUUGAAAAGGCCGCUGGAAAUGUCAGCAUAUUUUGGUGGGAUGGCGUUUUGGCCUUUCAUGGCGACAUCACCACGUGGUAAAUUAGUUAAUAGACCAAUAAGAAAGAGUUCCAAAACUCUCUCCCAAUAUCAGCACAUUUUCAGUUUUCCCCUCCCCACUCAGACCACUCCCAGACAGUCCUAGCAAAAUUAUUUAUUGAGAAAUUGUUCUUUGCUAAGAAGCUAUUUUUGUUUCUUUUUGAGUCAUUUAAAAUAAUCACACUAAGGUACUUAAUUGUUCCCCAGAAAUGAUUUGAUAUUGAGAUAAAAACAGCUGCAUCUGACCUUUUAUGAUGAUCCUACCUAACUUACCCCUUUUCCACUAUAAACUUGGCCUGCGAUCUGUGUGUGUAUUUUAGUAUGUCCAUGGAUAUGAAGCUGGUAUUAGGCCGUAAGUGUAUGAUAAGAUAGAUAUUUCUUCUACUCUCCAUAGGAGCCCAUGAUCAGCUGAAUGUAAAACUAGGGAGCUGCAAGGUUUCUAUCUAGAGCCAGAGCUGCAGCUCUUUCCUGCACAGGGGUGGGUAGGGUGUCCUUUUAACUUCCUAUUAAGUUAUUUUAGUGUUUUCAUUGUUUUGUUCUUUUUUAAUUACCAUGACAUGACUGCAUUGACAUUCCAGAGAGGUAGAGAGAAGGGAUAGAGAAUAUGAAAAGAGAAACAAACAAUGUUUGAGAUUUUAGCUGAAGACGUGUUUAAAAACUUCACAAAUUCUGACUUGCACUUGUCUUUAUAUUGUGAACUUGCGUAUUCACUUAUCUUCGUAUCAACUUCCAACUGUCUGGUGUCAAGGUUUAUCCCUUGAAAACAUUGUUAAACACAAGCACACACACUCAAGAUCAUCAAGCUAUGACCUCGUGUGACCUGUACAGACGUGCUCAAAUUUGUUGGUACCCCUCCACAAAAAAACGUAGAAUGCACAAUUUUCUCUGCUUUAGAUUGUUUAUUAAACAUAAUAUUUUAAAUAAUAAAACAAAUGAAAAUGGCAUGGACAAAAAUGAUGGGACCCUUAACCUAAUAUUUUGUUGCACAACCUUUAGAGGCAAUCACUGCAAACAAAUGUUUUCUGUAGCUCUCAAUGAGUCUUCUGAACCUGUUAACAGGUAGUUUGGCCCACUCUUCCUGAGUAAUCUGCUCCAGCUGUCUCAGGUUUGAUGGGUGCCAAGUUUCAGCUCUUUCCAUUGAUGUUCGAUAGGAUUCAGAUCAGGACUCAUAGAAGAUCACUUCAGAAUAGUCCAAUGUUUUGUUCUUAUCCAUUAUUGUGCUUUUAGCUGUGUGUUUUGGGUCAUUAUCCUGUUGGAGGACCCAUGACCUGCGACUGAGACAGAGCUUUCUGACACUGGGCAGUACGUUUCGCUCCAGAAUGCCUUGAUGGUCUUGAGAUUUCAUUGUGCCCUGCACAGAUUCAAGGCACCCUGUGCCAGGCGCAGCAAAGCAGUCCCAAAACCUUACCGAGCCUCCUCCAUGUUUCACUGUAGGUAUGGUGUUCUUUUCUUUGAAAGCUUCAUGUUUUCGUCUGUGAACAUAGAGCUGAUGUGACUUGGCAAAAAGCUCCAGUUUUGGAGGACAUUCUCAGAAGGAUUGUGGCUUGUCAUUAUGCAUUUUAGAAAAUUCCAGUCUGGCUUUUUUAUGUUUUUCUUUCAAAAGUGGAGUCCUGGGUCUACUUUCAUGGAGCCCAUUUUUGCUGAAAAAGCGACGGAUGACGUACCUUCACCUUGAAGUUCAGCUUGUAUCUCUUUGGCAGUUAUCCUUGGUUCUUUUUCUACCAUUCGCACUAUCCUUCUGUUCAAUCUGUGGUCGACUUUCCUCUUGCGGCCUUGCCCAGGGAGGUUGGCUACAGUUCCAUGGACCUUAAACUUCUUAAUAUUUGCGACUGUUGUCACAGGAACAUCAAGCUGCUUGGAUAUGGUCUUGUAGCCUUUACCUUUACCAUGCUUGUCUAUUUUCUUUCUGAUCUCCUCAGACAAAUCUCUCCUUUUCUUUCUCUGGUCCAUGUUCAGUGUGGUGACUACUUUUCUCCAUUUAAAUAGGCUGAAUGACUGAUUACAAGAUUGGAGACGUGAUACUAAUUAAACAAACAAAUGAGUUUGAAAUAUCACUAUAAUGCAAUUAUUUAUUAUAUUUUCUAAGGGGUACCAACAAAUGUGUCCAGGCUAUUUUAGAAUCUCUUUGUAGAAUAAGCAAUAAUUAAUCUCUUUUCACAGCUUCUUUGCUUUAUUCUAUGACAUACCAAAGGCAUGCAAGUAUACAGCUUUUAAAUUAGUCACUUUUCUUGAGGAAUGACGCAUUAUUUCAAUGAGCUGUAAGGGCACCAACCAAUUUGAGCACGUCUAUGUAGGACUGUACAGUAAUACACUGAACAACUGCAUCUUUCCAGAAUUGGUAUACUUCUACCUUUUCAAAUUAGCAGGAAUGCACCAUAUCUAAGCAUUUUCUAAGAUUGGAAUGUUGUUGAGGGUCUCUGUACUGUUUUUUUGCGAUCAGUGUGCAGCCUAAUGUUGGUCCAGCAUAGGAAAUAACUCUCCAUAUCAAGAGUUAUGCCAACCGCCAUUCACUUUUUUCCUGAUAUCAAGUAUCUGUGAUUUUGUUGCCAUUAUUUGUUUGUUUUGAUCUGUUAAUUUAUUUUAAUAUAUUAUAUACACAAGACUGUCUUUGUAAGUUACAUACUUUAAUUUAUUACCUAAUGUCAUUAUGAGCAUACAUAUCGUUAUUAUAAUUAUUAUAUUAUCAAGAUUUAAUAUAUUCGGUAAUUCACAUUUGGUAUUGAGUCAAAAUUGUGAUACCCCAAAAAUGUCCAUCCUUACUCUGUCCACUAUUGUGAUGUAAAGAUCCUGUUUCUAUUUAAUGAAACUCUUGCCUCUGCUUGAUAAAGACAACUUUUCUCUAA